GCACCGCCCUGAGCGAAUAUAAAAUGGGCUCCUGCGAGUUUGAAACGGAACGGAAGACGGAAACGGUGAUAAACGGCCUAGCAAUGUCCUUCAUGGGAGGUACAAGCGUGGCGCCGUUAAUGAACGCCGUUGUCGUGGUGGGGCAUCAGUUCUUAAGCCCAUACCCGGUGGAUCUGACGGUAACGGAGAAGACGAUGAGCUUAACGGACGGGGAUUACGCCGUUACGGACGCGAACGGGAAUGUAUUCUUCAAGGUGAAAGGGAAGCUGAUAAGCCUCAGAGAUAAAAGGCUCUUGCAAGAUGCAUCUGGAAAUACUCUCCUCACCAUGCGAGAAAAGAUGAUGUCUAUGCAUCGCCGUUGGCAGGCAUUCAGGGGAGAAAGCUCAGAUGCCAAAGACCUUCUAUUUAGUGUUAAGAAGUCUUCAUUGCUCCAGUUUAAGACUGCAUUAGAUGUGUUCUUGGCAUCAAACACAAAGGAAGAAGUUCCUGAUUUCAAGAUCCAAGGAAGCUACUUCGAGAGAUCAUGCACCAUCUACAAUGGAGAUGCUUCGAUUGUCAUAGCUCAGUAAGGUAGGGUCAUGACUCAUGAACGGGCAGUCACCAAGAAAACCUUUAAUCAUGAAGGCGCACAAAUGUAUCACGAUCGGACCAAAAGUGGAAAGGGAUCUCAUCACAUUUACCAAAAACUGUUCACAUGCCUACACAAUCAUGCCUAACACUUCAAUUAGCCUGGCCAUUGUGCAUUAUCCAGAAAGGGAUGGCUCACUAGGCACGACACCCUAUUCUAUACAGGAAUAGCCUAAGAAAUCUCUGUCCGGACUAUAUCAUCUGUCUGAUUUUGCAGAAUGUUUCUGAAAUAUCAGUUUUUUCAUCUUAUUUUUGUAGAAAAUUAGUAAUUAGCUUACAAAAACAUAUAUAAAAUAAAGAGAGAUUUUCUGUUUAUAGAAUUUCUCAUUUA